UCCAAAUAAAACUUAAACAUUUUCUUUUAAAUAAAAGUUAUUAUACAUGGGAAAUAUCAAAACAAUCCUUUAAUUACAUAAAUCAUUGUAUUGGAUAUAAUAAUUGAUAAUUAAACAGGAAAUAUUUAAAUAUAAAAGACUUACCAAAACAUACAGAUUUAGGUAAUACAUUAAGAAAGAUCAGGAUAGGAUUACAAAUUAUGUCAUCCCGAAAUCUAACAGCAAGAAGAAGGAUACAAGAAAGUCAGAGGCCUCCUCCUUUACCACUCUCAGAAGAUGCUGAAGAGAGAGCAGUGACUGAAGUCUAUAGAAAAUAUGCAGGUUACAUAAGGCAAAAUGUCGAACUGGAUGAAAGACACCUCAAUAAACUCCUUGGAAGUGUGAUUACACAGGGGGAGUUUGAAAGUCUUUUGAGGAAGUCAGAUACUGAAGCUCUUACUGAACUCCUACAAGUGUUGCCAAGGAAAGGACCGCAUGGCUUUGAGGUGUUUGUCUAUGAUAUUCUGUUUGAAGACUUCCGUGCUGUUGGCGAAUUCUUGGACAGAAAGCUUCAUGAAGAAACACAAACUAGCAAAAGAGGCCGCUCAACUUCUUCUGAAUCUGACCUAUCUCCAAUGUCCCCCAACAAUGCAACAGCAUCUUCCACCAACUUUAAGAUGCAGUCAACAGGGCUAUGCAGACAUACCAGCGUUCCAUGCAUGAGUCAAAUUAUACAUACAAGGUCAAAUGAGGACCUUGAAAGUCACAGAGAUGAACACCAGCACCAGAUCAACAGAAUAUUCAGCAGCCUAAGCACCCACAUGAAAAACAGAAACUUGGAUACAGGUCUGAACCAACUCAAACCUCAGACACCGGAGCCAGCCACCCUGGACAAGAUAGAAGACCAUGUCAAUAUAUUGCUGAAAAGUAUUGAGGAGUGUUACAAACAAUUCCUUUCCCAACCUUGGAACACAUCCCUAAAGUCGUCAAUAAUCGAACUGAAAAUUGAGAGGGACAAACUUUACCACAAAGCUAACGACCACACAAGUACACUGGAAACAAAACUGAGAAAUGAGAUAGGCAAGAACAAGAACUUGACAAAAAAGCUGGAAGAGUUUAAAGCCAUCUUUGGUGGACACACAACAGCAAGAGGAAUUGCUGAAGAACUUCGGGAAACAAAGGAAGAAAUGGAAGGAGUUGCAGAUGAACUAAAAAACACAAUAGAGGAAAACAAAUAGUUUUCAAGAAUAGUGGAAAGAUCCCAAACAGAACUUGAUAGAUACAGGAAAGCAAUGACAAGGCUGGAGAAAGAAAAUGAGGAAUUAUCUCUAAGACUUAACACUCUCCUAACUUUAAAAGACAGUCGACCUUUGCCAGCUAACCAUGACAGCAUGCCAAGAACUUUAAGGCGGAACAGGCAUAUGAAAGUAAAGAAGAGCUUAAGCAAGCCUAAAAAGAACUUUUAACUGUGUAAUGACUUUGAAUUACCACCCAACCAAAAAUAUUAUCCAUCCAUCAUUAAUACAAAUUAGUCCUACCCGUAAAGUUUCAUGUUUAAGUUGCAAAAUGUCAAGUUUGAAUAUUAUUAAUCCAUAAUUUUUAACUGGGUCCCGACAACUUCAGAUUAACAGUGUAAUUAAGUGUGUAUCAUAUCAUACUAAAAGUGCCAUUGUGGUGUUAUUCAAAAAUGUAAUCCAUACAAAAAUAAUAUAAGGGUUAAUAAUUAUGAAUUAAACAUAGAAAUAAUCUUGAUGUUAAUAUUAAAAGUGAACCCACACAACUUUGCAUCCUAAUGAAAGAUGGCUUACUGUAAAUAAACAGUAAUCAUUUUUGUUUUACUCUUUAAACAAGAAGGGUAACCAUGGUUACUGUGUUACGACUUGGACAAGUUUCAAGAAAAUAAAUCAAAUUUUAACAUCCCUUGUGGACAAUUUAUAACAAUAGUAAUCAACAUGAAAAUAUAUUCAAUGGACAAGUUAACAAUGUACAGGAAUAGCAUUUGAUGAAUAGUAACAAAUAUAUGAUCUAUACUUUUUCAGAUUUCAAAAGUUGAAAUGCAAAUAGUAUGAGAUUAUAUUAAUCAAAUGGAAUAAAAUGGAAAAAAAAACCACAUUAUUUCUCAUUUACUCUGCUCCAUCAAUUGUUUCCGAAGUAAUCAUAAACUAUUGCAGGUUCUUGACUGUUAGGCAAAAAAAGUUCCUUGUUUCCACUCACAACUCACUUAAAAUGAGGUAGAUCGGUAGGCAGAACCUCUUUUUUUGGAAAACCAGGAUUCUGUACCAAACUGAUCUAUAUCAGGGUAUAUCACUAUUGUAGAAAAUUUAAGAUUUAAAAUUUUAACAUGUUCAAUAAAGAAUGCAUAUUUCAGGGGGAAAUAAUCCACACUUUGGCAAAAAAGGUGUAGGGUCAGUGGAAAUAAACAUUUUUUUCUUUGCCUUGCAUGUUAAUCAGUGGAAUAAUUAACAAUUUCAUUUAAAUACCAUUCUUCCAACCUUAUCAUUUUUUCACACAAUAAAACUAUUGAAUUCCCUCCCUUUACAAGCAAUGUAUUCAAUAUCUCACAUACCUCCACAUAGCAGUUACUUCCCUUUGCCACACAGUUAAGUUUGCCAUCAUGCAAAUCACAUGAUAAUAAUCAAACUCAUAUGACUUCAUCCAAAAAGUUUAAAUUUUCUUUCAUUUGAAAUAAAAGAAAAUAUUUAACUAUGAAAUUGAACAACAAUGAAAUAUUCCCUAAAUAUGUGUAAAAAAAAUAGUUUUCAAAAGAAGCUAAAAUCCAAUUAUUUUCAAAUUUGUUGGCAGAGAUUCUCUGAGAAUAGUCAGCGGUUCUGGAAAAUGAUAACCAAUUACUUAAAAGGAUAUUACAAAUAGUGGAAGAGGCAUCAAUAUAUAUCCUUAUAGUUUUGUUCUUGUUGCUUACGAGGGUUGAUCCAGAAUUACGUGGACUUUUUUAAUAAUUCAAAUAUCAUUUCACAUAGAACGUAGAAACUUCACAUUCAAUACAUAUAACAUAUCUUAUAUAAUUCCUGCAAUUUUCAGAGCAAAAUAUUGAAUUUUCGCUAAAUUACAAUCAUAUUACGACAUAUGGUUGAACCCGACCGGCACAGUCCAGUGACGUCAAUGAUGCUGCGCUCAUAAAGCGUCAUAUUUUUUUAGUUUACCAACCAACACUGACGCAUAGUCAACUUCAUAUAUUAUGAUAAACAUAAAUAAAUAAAAAAAUAAAUAAAUAAUAUUAAUAUAAAAAAAAUAAUUAAUUAUUUAAAAAAAUAACGCCUUUUCAAAGUAACCCGGUUCAUUAAUUGUUCACCUUCCUGUGCAAAUCUUUGCAGUCUUUGAAUAACGCAUACGUUUUUCUCUCUCGUCCUUUCAUAGCAAUUGAGGGACCCAUCUCGCACAAACUUUUCGCACGCCUUAAUCUUCUCUUAAAACCCUUUGGACUUCCGUACCCUGCCCCGACUAUGCUUGCUACGACGUGCUGUCAAACGGCGAUCCCCUCUGAUGACAUUCUUCACCAACGUCGAAAACGUCGUGCCUCUUGUCUUUUUCUGUCCCUUUUCCUUAUCGUCUUCUAUGCAAUAUCAUUGUUCUCUUAAUCGUUAAUGCCAGUUAAAUACUAAUGAACGGCACAUGUUGCUUCAUUUCCACCUCGGCCAUCUUUAUCAUAAUCUGUGUCCGUGUUUUCUCCAAUUCAACGCAAAUCUUUAUCGUCUCGCGCUUAUUCAAAGUCCAAUGACGAGAUGUUGUAUCCCAGAUUGUGCUUGUAAUCAAGUCAGAAUAUUACGACUUUUAAAUGGAAAUGACGUCAGAAAUUUGAAAAGUAUAUUCGUAUGAAGUCAGCGUUUAAUAUGACGUAAUUUGGCGGAAUUUCAUAGAAAAACAUGGAAGAAAAGCAUGUUGUAAGAGAUACAUAAAACGUUUGUGAACGUUCAUUUUAGACGGUGCGCCGACCGUCCGUUACUGUUAUCUAAGAACCCGCAAUUUUUCAAUACUCAUAAAUUUUACAGAUCUAAAUUUCAUACCAUCUAUGCAGAAUACUUCAAAUAAGAUAUGCAUGAAUUUUAAAAUGAUUUGGACGAAAAAUAUAGAAAAUAUGUAAGAAGUCCACGUAAUUCUGGAUCACCCCUCAUAAUUUGUUUUCUGUCAUGUAUUUGUAAAAUGAUUUACAUAUUUCUGCAUUCUUGUUGUUAAUGUUUUUUCAUUAUUUCCACAUUAUCAUUGUUGUUGUUUUUUUCAUAUUUUUUUUUCUU